GGUAUUAAUGUCUUUACUUUUCUUUAAAAUUUGUUAUAGUGGCAGUAGUGGAAAAUAGUUCCCUGGCUUUCCCUUAACAACGAAUUCGUUAACUAUCAACUGCAGGUCCUCUCAAACAUCAACAAAUCAGAGAUGUCCAACCAAAUAAAAGACGUGAAAUCAAUUUACUUGCUGCACAACAGCAUGGCCUGUUUGCUGAAUGCUUUAGUGGGAAAAUAUACCGUGAUAGAUCUACGAAACGAGUCGUCCGUGCAUGGCAAAGUCGUCGAGGUAGAUGGUUAUAUGAACACAGAACUAGAAGACUGCACGUUCCAAAAUGCAAGAGGCGAGCUGCUUCCUUUUGAGACAUUCUUCGUGAGAAGCAGAAAUAUCAGAUAUGUCCAUGUGCCAUCUGAUUGUACCGCUCUGGACUUGCUACAGGAGCAACUAAAGCCAAAGUUAAAGAAAGUAAGAAGUGAGAAAAAGAAAUUAACAUUUAAGAUGAGCAGAGCGAGGAAAUACCAGAACCAAAUUCUAACGGAACUAGCGCAAAAAUCAUAACAAUUUCUAAUUUUUAACAAAAAACAUUUUCUAUUAUAUAAAAAUAAAACAUUUAAUUUUGUGUACAGAAAAUGUUUCUAUAACAGUAGUGGAACUGCAAUGUGAUAGAGCUAUUGAUAAUAGUUGUAUUACUAUAGAUGACUUAAACUGGGAAACAGUGAUGAUGAAUUUAAUGGUGAUUUAAAAAUUAUUAUAUUGAUAAACUAAUUUUGGAGGAAAAAUUCAUUCAAAUAUUGUUGUGUUUAAAGAUCUAUUACUAAACACUUGCACUAGUACUAUCAUCAACAAUAUUCAUUUGUAAAUGAUCAUCUAUGAGGAGGAAGCAUGUGGAAAACACUGGAAAGAUUGUAUAGCCCAUACACGAGUAAACAAGGAUAAUCUAUGAGCAUUGUCUGGAUCUAGAGCAUCUUUGAAGUUAUUAUUAUAUAGUACUAUUCGUAAAUAAAAACAUAUUUUUAAUUUAUAUAUAUAUUUUUAUAUAUUCAUAAAUUUGCACUUAGCAACGCGGUGUGGGCCAAAUUAAAAAAUUGUUUAGAAUCCUUGAAUAGUAAAACUAACUGAUCUGAUGUGUAGAGCCCACAGUUUACGAACCACUCUUACAUAACAACCAGAUCGUUAACAUUUAAUAUUAAUACCAAAAUAUGCAAUUGCAUUUUGUAAACAUUGUUUAGUUUAUAACAGAAACUAUAUUAUUGUGUUACAAAACGGUAACUCCAUUAUUAUUUUUUUUUUGUAUGUUAAAGUUACUGUUAAAUGGAAUAAUGAAUGGAAAUUAAACAAUAAAUUGGAUUGAAAUGAAUUGUUAUUUAUUCUUCUUUUAUUUUACGCGUCUUGCUUAGAGUUUAGAUAUAUAAUUGAAAUAAUAAAAAAAAAA